AGAACUGCCCAUAACUUACACCUCUCUCGCCAGCCCGUGACACGGAGGAGACCUCGGCGGUGACAGCGCUCACUGAACUGUUAUCAAGAUCAAGGUCACUUUGUUUUCCUCGCUGGAGCUGGAGCUCCUGGGCCCUGGGGGCACGGGCUGCCCGAGGCAGGUCUCCCCUCCAUCUGAGCUCCUCGCCAGCAGCAGCUUCUCUGCUCCAUCCCCGGCGUUAUGUAAGGCUAGAGCCAAGUUUCUACUAUUAGAAGCAGUUAUCUGCAUGGUGACAGUGUGCUCUCCUCGCUACAGCACAGCCAUGGCUGCUGGCAGCAGGACUUAAAACUACAGCUAUUUUAAUUCAGGGAGAAGCACGUGCGGAGUCGAGACGUGUCAAGAAAAACAGUAGUUUUGGGUGGGUUUUUUUUUUUUUUAAUUCCUAGCUGUGGUACCCUGGACAGGAGUGGCCCCAGAAGAGAAUAAAAAGGGAAAGCAUCACCCCAGGCUUGUCAGAUAUCCACAGCCGAGUCGGGAAUUAUGGCAGGAUCCUGUGGAGGGCAGCGCUGUCUUGCUGGGGAUGGUGCACUGAAUUGCUCAGAGAUGCCAGCUGCUAAGAAUAGCUGUCUCUGAUACAGCCCGAGUGCCUGCAAGAGAGGAGCAAGAUGCCUCACACCAGAGACUCUUCAUCUCCGACCAGCAGUGCAGGGAGUGGAGCUUCCUAUGAAACACCAGCACUAUCAGACCUCCAGCGGCUCUUCUGGUUCAGAGGAGGGUCUGAUAAUCAUGUGGACCAAGUCUGGCCAAAUCUUUACCUGGGAGAUGCGUGGGCUGCUAGGAGCAAAACUACUCUUCAAAGCCUCAACAUUACUCAUAUCCUUAAUGCGGCAGAUGGGCCAUAUAGCAUCAACACCGGAGCCAAAUAUUACAAAGAUCUGCAAAUAGAGUACUACGGAGUAGAAGCAUUUGAUGAUCCUUCCUUUGAUUUAAGUAUCUUCUUCUACGACGCUGCCAAUUUCAUAGGCAAAGCCUUAAACACUUCAGGAGGUAAGGUGUUUGUCCACUGCGCCAUGGGGAUAAGCCGCUCCGCCUCUCUAGUGCUGGCCUUUUUAAUGAUCCAUGAAAACAUGACGCUCGUGGAUGCUCUGAAAACAGUGAGCGCCCACAGGGACAUCUGCCCAAAUUCAGGGUUCCUCAGCCAGCUGCGGGACUUGGACAUUAAAUUAAAUGAAGAGAGGAAAGGAACCAGAGAACCCGCUGCUAAAGAGUAUCGCUGAAAACAGAGAGCACAAAAUGUUAUUUGAGUUUCUGGUAUCUCUUUAAAAUGAAUUGUAUUUGUAAACUAAGGACACAAGUUUAUGAUAUGCCAGAACGCGUGUUAGUACUAAAAGUAGAUUUUACCUGAUCUUUCCUUUUUGCAAAGCCCUCCUCGAUUAUACUUAUGAUUGGUUGUAUGUUGUAACCUUCAUUCUCCACCUUAAAACAUUGCUCUCUACUGGUAAAAAAAAAAAAAAAAAAAAAAAAAAA